GCCCGCAGCUCCCACACCGCCACUAAUGGGAAGCCAAGUAAAGUUUUCUCUCUGCUUUCGGGACGAUUUUUUCUUUGGUUGUGACUGUGCCCAUGAGUGGGUUGGAGGGAAAAGGGACGACCGAAAAAUCAUCAUUUGAGGGAAAGACGAGAAAAGAGAACACAGGAGCCAAUUCUAGAAGGCCUUCGGUCCCUGUCUCUCCUGGGUGACUCCGUCUUUGGUGCCUAUGGAGCCAGCUGCUUCAUUGAACUUCUUCCUGCCACACUCCCUUCUCAUCUUCCUUCUCCUCAGCUUAUUUGCACUGGGCUCAGCCCAGUUUACUGUCAUGGGGCCAGCUGAUCCCGUCCUGGUUAUGGUGGGAGAAAAUAGCACAUUACAUUGCCACCUGUCACCAGAGAAAAAUGCUGAGAACAUGGAGGUACGGUGGUUCCGGUCUCAGUUCUCCCCUGCCGUGUUCGUGUAUAAGGGCGGGCGAGAGAGAACAGAAGAGCAGAUGGAGGCGUACCAAGGAAGAACAACCUUUGUGAGCAAUGAUAUCAACAAAGGGAGAGUGGCACUGAUCAUUCACAACAUCACAGCCCACGAAAACGGCAUCUACCACUGUUACUUCCAAGAAGACAGGUCGUAUGAUCAGGCCAUCAUGCGCCUGAUGGUGGCAGGCCUGGGCUCUAUGCCCCUCAUUGAAAUGAAGGGUCAUGAGGACGGCGGCAUCCGGCUAGAGUGCACAUCUGUAGGGUGGUUCCCACGGCCCCAUGCGGUGUGGAGGGGCCCUGUCGGUGAGGUCAUGCCCACCCUGGAGGAGGCUUACACUGUGGAAGACGACGGCCUCUUCAUGGUCACCAUGACUGUGAUCAUUAGAAACUACUACUCUGUGAGGAACGUGUCCUGCUCUGUCACCAACACCCUGCUCGGCCAGGAGAAGGAAACUGUGAUGUUCAUUCCAGCACCUGUUAUUCCAAGCACCUCUCACUGGAUGGUGGUCCUGGCUGCCACCCUGCCUACACUGAUCCUUCUCAUCCUCAUCGCUGGGGCCAUCUGUCUCCUCUGUCUCAUCAGGAAACUCCACAGGGAAAAAGAGGUUCUGUCAAUGGAAAAAGAGGAUGAACAGGAAGAGACAGAAAUUAUAGAGCAACUUCAAGAAGAAUUACGAUGGAGAAGAACCCUCUUACAUGCUGCUGAUGUGGUCCUGGACCCCGAUACCGCUCACCCCGAGCUCUUCCUGUCUCAAGACUGGAGAAGCGUGAUACGGGGCCCCUCCCGGCAGAGCGUUCCUGACAACCCAGAAAGAUUUGACUGUCGGCCUUGUGUUCUGGGCCGGGAGAGCUUCAACUCAGGGAAGCAUUACUGGGAGGUGGAGAUGGAAAAUGUGAUGGUGUGGGCUGUGGGGGUUUGUAGAGACAGCGUUGAAAGGAAAGGGGAAGCUCUGCUGGUUCCUCAUAAUGGUUUCUGGGCCCUGGAGAUGUUUGGAAACCAAUACCGGGCCCUGUCCUCCCCCGAGACCAUCAUCCCCCUGAAAGAGCGCCUUCACCGAGUGGGCAUUUUCGUGGACUAUGAAGCUGGAGAUGUCUCCUUCUACAACAUGAGGGACAGAUCUCACAUCUAUACAUAUCCCCGGUCAACCUUUUCUGGGCCCCUAAGGCCCUUUUUCAGGCUGGGGUCUGAUGACAGCCCCCUUGUCAUCUGCCCAGUUUUCACAGGGGCCCAGGGGGUCACAGUGCCUAAGAGUGGCCUGAUCCUUCACAGAGCAAGGGCCCACCGCCACCACCAGGAUAUAUUCCUUGGUCUCAGAGCCAUGUAGCCAUUCCCUGGCUGUUUAGUUAUUACAGCACAGCGCCCC